UCCAGCAACCCGCGAGGUCGACGAGGUCGACACUAUGCCAGGAGCAGCCGUGAAGAAGUGGCUCCAUGAUUCGAAGCUCAUCAUUGCGCUCGUCUUCCUUGUGCUCACUCGAUGUGUUGACCGUGUCUACAACACGCGCAUCACGUACAACUACUCGCAAUACUUGUGGUAUUUUUCCAACAUUAUCAAUCCCGUGGCAUUUCUAUUCUUUUGCUGGCCCGUCGUGUGGUACAAGCUCUACUACACAAAUGAUAUCUCGCCCGCAAUGAGGGCUGUCCCGCACUACAAGUUUAUAAUCAUGUCGUUCUUGGACAUGGCCGCAUGUUUGCUCAGUACUGUCCCUAUUCCGCACAUUGGGUACAAAGGCGAUUCGUGAUCGAGUUUAACACGUUGUAUGCUUAGUGGCAACUUGAGCAACGUGUUGGGCCAAGUCAGUCUUCCCAUUACGAUGAUUCUGUCGCGCUGUUUGUUGCAAACGCAGUACAAGCGUGCACACGUUGUUGGCGCCAUCUUGGUUCUGUAUGGAGCCUUUGUGUGUAUGAUUCCAAUCUUUCGCGGUGAAGUCGCCCUCAACAGCCCCGACCCGUCGGCUCUGUGGAUCCUACUCUACAUUGUGUCGUGCAUCCCAUCUGCCGGGGCUAAUGUGUACAAGGAAAUCGGGAUGAAAGACGUGGAUUUGGACGUGUGGUAUGCCAACGCGUGGAUCAGCUUCUACCAAGUGUUUUGGGGCCUCUUGACUGCCUGGACCAUUCGCUUGCCUGCGUUUUCGGAUCCGCCGGUCGCGUGGAGCGACUUUCCUUCGUACGUGGCGUCGGCGCACAACUGCUUCUUCGGCAACCCCACCACGUUCAACGGUGUCACGUCGACUUGCGGCGGCGACAUUUUCACCACAUACAUUCAGUACAUUGUGUUCAACAUCGUUUUCAACUUGCUGAUGAUGUACGUGUUCCGAGAAGGCAGCUCGGUGCUAUUUGUGAUCUCGUCGGCGGUGUGCCUGCCCCUCACCGAUAUCCUGUACAUGGUGCCUGUGUUGGCUGGUCCGUUGGCAGCCCAAAAGUUUACCAUUUUCGAUGGAUUUGCCCUCUUCGUCAUCAUCGUUGGGAUGGUUGUGUAUCACUCGGAAAAGGAAGAGCAAGGCGUGGGAAAGGACCGUGUCCUCAAGUCACCGCUGUACGCAUCGCCCAGUGUGCGACGACUAAAGGCGAACGUCCAGUCUCGCCGCAAGAAGCUUACCCCCCGCAUUGCGUCCGCUGGGUAUGGCGCAGUGGCCACUGAAGAUGCCGUGUAGAUAGCGACGACAUAGUUGAACGACGCGGCAUGAAGGGAUGCAAGUGCAUUGUGAUCGUAUUUUGCCUUGAAAUCGGGUUUUAAACGUGUUUCAAACAUGCUGUUGAGGACACAU